AUGGGCAGGUCAGCCCUGGAGGAAGGUUUUGGCUCUAAGAAACAACAUGAGAAAAUACACACAAGGGAUAAGCCUUACCACUGCUCCCAGUGUGGAAAGAGUUUUAAGCUUUUAGGAACCCUUAAAGCUCAUGAGAGAAUACACACAGGGGAUAAAAUACACACAAGGGAGAAGCCUUACCACUGCUCCCAGAGUGGAAAGAGUUUUAACCAGAAAGCACACCUGAAAGCCCAUGAGAGAAUACACACAGGGGAGAAGCCUUACCACUGCUCCCAGUGUGGAAAGUGUUUCAAACAGCCAGGGCAUCUGAAACGGCAUGAGAGAAUACACACAGGGGAGAAGCCUUACCACUGCUCCCAGUGUGGAAAGUGUUUCAAACAGCCAGGGCAUCUGAAACGGCAUGAGAUAAUACACACAGGGGAGAAGCCUUACCACUGCUCCCAGUGUGGAAAGUGUUUUAGCCAGUCAGGGGAGCUGAAACAACAUGAGAGAAUACACACAGGGGAGAAGCCUUACCACUGCUCCCAGUGUGGAAAGUGGUUCAGCCAGUCAUGGGAGCUGAAACGGCACGAGAGAAUACACACAGGGGAGAAGCCUUACCACUGCUCCCAGUGUGGACAGUGUUUCAAGCAGUCAAGGGAGCUGAAACAACAUGAGAGAAUACACACAGGGGAUAAGCCUUACCACUCCUCCCAGGGUUCAAAGCUUUUGCCCAUUUAGGAAGCCUGAAAGAACACAUUAGACUGCA